UAGUGACAGACGAAACAAACAUUCAUCUCGUGCGCAGUUAUUCGAUUCUUUUGGAGGGAAAUUCCCAUAAUUAUUAAUUUGAGAGUGCACGCAAUCCUAAUUUUUUUUUAUAAAUGAGUCUAUGCUGGGCUUUGUUGGAUGGGUUGUCGUGAUUGAGUGCUGAGCAAGCAGAGGCGGAGAUUGGCAGGUUAUCGGCAGGAAGUGCAAUGAAAGAAUGAUUACUUCCAUAUUGAUUGGUGGAUGUGUCCUCUGUGUUGCUGUAUGGAUUUUCUCUCGUCCCAACAAGUUUCCACCAGGUCCAAAGGGAUUGCCACUAUUAGGUUGUUUGCUAUCAGUUUCUCAAUGGCAUCCUGGCUGUUCAUUCAUGGGACUAUUGGAGUUGUACUAUCGCUAUGGACCAGUGUGUGGUUUCUACAUUGGGCCUCAACCUGUCAUUUCUAUUAGUGGCUAUGAAGCAUGUAAGGAAGCUUUCAUGAAUGAAAACCUAAAUGGAAGACCUGAUAAUGGGCCAGCAAGAAUGAAAAGCAAAGGAAAACGAAUGGGUGUCAUGCUGGUGGAUGGAGAUUUUUUGACGAUCCAAAAGCGUUUCACAUUACAUCACUUGCGCGAUUUCGGCUAUGGUCGGCAAAACAUGGAAAGUCUUGUUAGUAAAGAAGUGGCUGUCCUUUUGGCAGACAUGAAACGCCAAUUUCACGACGAAGGAAACGUUUUCGAGUUCAAAAACUACUUCAACAUUUCACUAGUCAACGCACUCUGGGUGAUGCUGGCUAGCGCUCGAUUUGAGCGUGAUGAUCCCCGUCUAAAAUCGCUCGUCGAGUUAUUUGACGUUGUCUUCCGGAGUGGUGACAUUGUCCGCGUAGCGUUUCCUUGCCCUGCCAUUCUCAUGAAACUUUUCCCUGCCGUCUUUGCCAAAUUGGGGAGAAUGGAUCUUCUAAAAGAAGUCUGGAAGUUCAUCGAAGAAGCGAUCGAUGAACACAAGCAGACGCCAUCUGUGGAACCCCGAGAUUUUAUUGAUGUUUACCUUGGAGAAGUUGAAAAAAAUAAUGACGAUUCGUUUUCAGAAGAACAGCUGUUGAAUAUUAUUCUAGAUAUUCUUUCGGCAGGAGCUGAUACCACAGGGAAUUCAAUUGGAUUUGCUCUAUUGUACCUCAUUCAUCAUCCAGACGUCCAAACCAAAAUGCAGCUCGAAAUGGAUCAGGUGUGUGGUGACUCAUUGCCGUCGUUGCAUCAUAAACCACAAUUGGUCUAUACUCAAGCUGUUCUUAUGGAAGUGCAACGAAUGAGUGGUGUUUCACCUUUGGCCAUCCCUCGUCGGGCUUUAAAAAGCAUUCCGUUUGAAGGCUACAUCAUUCCUCAGGAUGCUUACGUCAUUAUCAAUAUGUAUUCGGUACAUAUGGACGAAACCUAUUGGACAGACCCAGAAGUAUUUCGACCUGAGCGUCAUAUAGAUAAAUUCGGCCACAUUAUUAAAACCGAUCGGCUUUUUCCUUUUGGAGCAGGCAAAAGAAGCUGUUUGGGAGAAUCGUUAGCCCGAACCUCCUAUUUCUUAUUUACGACAUCAAUAGUAAAGACGUUCAUCUUCCGUUCGCUUCCGGACAGCAUCUCUGCUCCAUCUCUAGCUCCGUUGGAUGGCUUUACUUUAGGCCAUCGCCCUUUCCAAGCUUUUCUAACCAAAAGAUAGUCAUUUAACCCAGAAUUCAAGUUAGUCGCUUUAUGUGUCAACCAUUUUGCUCACAGAGUGUACCAUUAAUCAAAUUUUAAGGACCGAAAGUUAGAACUUUAGAUGCGCGUAGCAGCUUACCCAGUGAAUCCGUCGUUGUUACAGUAUGUUCAAACUUCUGUUAAAUUUUAAUCCAGACAGUUUUAUUGUUUAUUUGUCCAGGGUAGAAUUAUAGAAUAUGGUUGUCCUGAAUGUUGGGUGACGUAAUGAGUUUAUUAUUACGCCCUAUUUGCUGUUGAGAAAACGUCUCUUUCUUUUUUUUUCAUCCAUCAAGUGGGCUGUUUGUUCUGGUUGCCAUAGUAACCAACAUGACAUAAGCACGUAAAGCAGAAAAGAAGUUUUGAGGACCUUUAUCUGAUUAAGUAAAUAAUUGAUCUGCUGCAUUUGAUAAGCUUUAGACACUUGCCGUCUUGCGAACGGAAAUGUCAUCUCUAGUAAACUGCGAUUGGAAACCCUUAACGCACUGCAUUUUUUUAAUUAAUAAAAAGAGCGUUCGCAAUGUCA